AUGGCCGGCUGCUACUCCGGCGGUCAAAGCUGGAUUGACGAUUGCAACAAGAAUUCGUUCAAGGGUGCUAUUAGAGACCUGUGCAACAACGGCCAGCUUGCAGGCUGGUUCCAGAAUACUGGUACAACCAAGACCUGGUGUGCCAACAGUCGUUGCAACGGUAUCAGGGUGGACCUCGCAGUGGGCUGGAGAGGAAACGGAGGAUAUACCUUGGCCGCCAAAGACUGCAUAUCAAGACUGGAGGAUGAGAUCAAUGGCUGCUGGCAAGGAGGCGAGUCUACCAAGUACGACUGGUAUGUCAAGGCUGACCCUAACGACGGUUGGUGUCCAUAG